CUGCAAGCCGUGAAUGUAAGUGGGGAGAGAAGGGGAUAAAAAUCGGGUGAGCGGGAGAGAAAGUCGAGGGAGAUCAAAAUGCUAAUAAAAAAGGAAACAAUGUUAUCCGCGAUUGGAGAAAGAUUGUAAUACAAAAUGAAUACCAGUGAAGGUAAAAUGUAAAAUAAAAAGGUUGACAAAGAAAUGUUACAGCAUUUAUGGGCACAGGCGUGAACUCGGAAAGAUGGAUAAAGGGUCUGGAUGGUAAAUGGGGGAUAAUGAUGGUUUCAACCAAAGGUGUAGUAACAUAGUGUGGACAAAGAAGGGCGCGGAUGAGGGAGUCAGCUGAAACAAUGAUUAGAGGCUUGGGAGAGGAUGGGAGGGCGGUAUAAAAAUAGGGGUGCAAGGAUAAUUGGAUGCUUAAGAAGAAGGGUGACAGAAACGAGAUUUAUAUGUAAAUAUAGCAUUUUGGAGAAAGGCGUGUGAUCAACAGGCAAAAAAAAAAAAAAGAGAGAAUAACACCUUACAGAAGAAGAAAUAGAAUAGAGAGAGAUUGGAAGGUGUUUAAAACAGGUGAUUGGAAAAAAAACUAGGGAUGUAAUGUAUUCGGAUUUUAAACAUACAAUGUUUCCAUAUUUUAAUUAAGUCACUGAAAGUAUAAUGUUUUAAAUAUGAUCUUUAGUCACUUGCCUGUAUUUCAAGACACUUGGUAUUUUAUUCUGACACUAUGUGAUGCUACAAUGCUACACCCAUUUUAAAAAAGGGCUAUUGUUAAUGGUCUUAUAUUAGAACUCUGUACAGAUAUCUAUAACAAUCAAAUUGGUUCCCAUGUAAAAUAAUACUUAUAUUUAGGGAUAAAUAUAUUUCUGUUUUAUAUGCUGUCAUUUCAUAACUGUCAUAUUAUAUAUCAUAACUGCCUUUUAUUGCUUCCUCAUUAUUACAACAUGGUAAAUUCUCCCGCCCCCCCAACCUUACCCCCCUCUCACACACACACACACCUUGUUCUUGGUAUGAUAUCUAAUAAUAGGAGAGGCAUACUUAUGAUUUCUAUGAAUAAUAUCAGUGUUAAUCAAUAGAAUGAGGUAAUGGUUAAGAAUUACAAAUUGGAAUAAUAUGUGAUCAAUAUUUUUCAGCAUUGUGCCUUCCACAAUUAUUAUUAUUAUGCAUAUUUUAUAUAUUGUAGAUGACACACACAUUAAGUUGUUACAGUCUAAACAGGAUUCUACUUCUUUUAGAAAGACUAUUCAAAAAUAUGACUGACUGUGUCAGAUGACAUUUAGUAUAGGUAAUUAUAAAGUUAGGCAGUCGUGUAUGGAGAACCAGCAAACAUAGUUUCUUUCUUAAUAAAAGAAAAACAUUUAUUAAAAACUCAGCUAACUCAUAUUCAUCAAAUAAUAUGAUAAUGGCUGAACAAUUUUUUUUUUUUUUUACCAACACGUACUUACAAUACAAACUUCAGAAGGGAGAACUUGAAUGUGAAUGUUUAUAUAAAACACCAGGCAACAAUGUGCAAUGUCAGUCAGCAGUUGCAAAGGCCAGUAAUGUACUGUAAUGCAUAAAAAGGGGGUACUGACUCCUGUGGUGAAAAUAUAAUUCUGACUCUUAAAAAGUCAAUGGUAAAACCAUUACCUUGUAAAAUGUGUUGCAAUUUUGCGCCCCAGUUAAAAAAAAAAAUAAAAAAAAAAAAAAAUAAAAAAGGAUAUUAUGGGUCUGGAAAAGGUGCAGAAGUGGGCCGCAGAAUUAAUAAGGAAACUGUACAUAAUUAUGAAGGAUUCCUAAAAAAAUGUAAUUUGUUUAGUUUAGAAAGAAAGUGUCUCAUAGAGAAUAUCAGUGCAUUAUACAUAUUUCACCCACAGCAAAGGAAAGUGUUGUCUUAAAGGAACACUGUAGUAUUAGGCAUACAAACAUGUAUUUCUUACACUGUAGUGCUAAAGUACCAACUUAGGUGUCCGGCCCCCCUCAGUUAGGAGUUUAAAUAUAUUUUACUUACCUUUUCUCCAUCUCCCCACCAGUCUCGCCGUGGCUAUCCCCGACUCCAUGACUGAGAUCAUCAGUCUUGACGAUCUCAGCCAAUCUAAUGCUUUCCCAUAGGAAAGCACUGGGAGGCUAUUGCACAUGCACAGCAAAAUGCCACGCUUAGCCAAUCAACAUCUCCUCAUAGAAAUGCAUUGAAACAAUGCACCUUUAUGGGGAGUUUUCAGCUCUGCGUGGAGACGCUAAACAUAGGUUCUGCACAAAGUGCAGCACUGAACUAGGAAGAGCCUCUAGUGGUCAUCUCUUUGUGCUGGUGUCAGAUGCUAAUUUUGCACAGAAUUGUCAUUAGCCAUCCCAGAAUUUUGUUCUGGACUGGCUAAUGAUGCUGCCAGAGGUGGAGUUACAACUAUGGCAGCUAAAGAGUUAAAGGGACACUAUAGUCACCAAAACAACUUUAGCUUAAUGAAACAGUUUUGGUGUAUAGAUCAUGCCUCUGCAGUCUCAAUGCUCAAUUCUCUUCCAUUUAGGAGUUAAAUCACUUUGUUUAUUAACCCAAGUCACACCUCUCUGCGUGUGACUUGCACAGACUUCCUAAACACUUCCUGUAAAGAGUCAUCUAAACUUUAUCCUUUAUUUAUUGCAAGUUCUGUUUAAUUUAGAUUUUCUUAUACCCUGCUAUAUUAAUAGCUUGCUAGACCUUGCAAGAGUCUCCUGUAUGUGAUUAAAGUUCAAUUUACAGAGCAAGAGAUACAAUUGUUUAAGGUAAAUUACCUCUGAUUGAAAGUGAAACCAAUUUUUUUCAUGCAGGCUGUGUCAAUCAGACAGGGGAUGUGUGGCAAGGGCUGCAUAAACAGAAACAAAGUGAUUUAACUCCUAAAUGGCAGUGAAUUGAGCAGUGAAACCUGAGAGGCAUGAUGUAUACACUAAAAUUGCUUUAUUAAGCUAAAGUUGUUUAGAUGACUAUAGUGUUCCAUUAAUCUCUGUAUAAGUAGCGUUUGCAAGUAAAAUACUGCGCAUAUAGACUUAAGACACUAUCAAUGAAGUAGUAUUGGUGCUUGGAGUAACUCUUUUAGAACAGUUUGAUAAAAAAAAAAAAAAAACCUACACUUUUCCGUGUACCGAGGGACCACACUGAAAAAUAAGUGCACUGAGAAUGGAGAAUUUUAAACUUCCACAUUAUAAGUGUCAACUUUGUCCAGACUGGUUGACAUUAAUUGGCUGGGUUCUGGGUUUGGGUUAUUUACACAACCAAAAUGUGGGCAGUCCCUCAGAUUCUGGACAUCACUGUUCUUAAAUGUUUUGAUAUUAAACCAACUGAAGACACUAUAACCACUACAGUGAACAGACGUGGUUACAUUUAUUGGAGUAUUCCUUUAUAGUUUGUGUGGUAACAGUUUGUUGAUCCAAGAAGAAGUAUGAUCUUCAUAUCUAAUCAAGAAAUAUUUUUCACUUUUUUUCUGGUAUUAUUUGAAAUCCCUUCAGUCUGGGUUUUUGUUGUAAUUUGGAUCAACAACAGAACAAAUGUAAAGAUUGAACUUGAUGGGGUUAAGUCCUAUUUUCACCCUAGAUAAUUCGGCAACAAUAAAUAGGUUUGCUAAUUUGUGUUUUUUUCUAUAUAUAGGAGAACACACCAUCGAAAAUUCCCAAAAUUGUAUUCCUACAUCAUGGUGAAGAUUUUUGUUGGUGGAGUGUCACCGUCAGCUUCACCAGAGGAACUAAAGAAACUCUUUGAAAGGUAUGGGCAGGUAAAUGAAUGUGACAUCCUCAAAAACUAUGCCUUUGUCCACAUGGAACGGGAGCAAGAUGCCCACCGUGCCAUAGGCGAGCUGCACAAACAGGAAUUCUAUGGCUCCCACCUCACAGUGGAAUAUGCUACGUCAAAGAUACGCAAUGCUACAAAAAUAUAUGUUGGAAAUGUCUCAAGCCGUGCCACUACCUCCCAAGUAAAGGAGCUGUUUGAAAAGUUCGGCAAGGUGGUUGAAUGUGACAUUGUCAAAAACUAUGCCUUUGUACACAUGGCAAAAGAGAGGGAAGCCAUGGAUGCCAUUUUGCACCUUAACGACACUCCUCUUGCGGACCAGAAAAUAUUUGUCACACUUUCCAAAAGCAACAAUGCUCCCAAGAGUUCCAAAAUGGCAUCAGCAAUAGUGGCUGCUUCGUCACCUGCCCCUCCUCCGCCACCCCCUCCACCACCUCCUGCUUAUUACUUCCAUCGUGGACGACUACCACCACCUCCAACCCCUUUCUCGCCCUAUGCACCACGUUCUUGGUAUGAGAGGGAAUACUAUGAGAGAUAUACUUAUGACUUCUAUGAUAGGAGUACACUUGGAGCUCGUGCUGCAUAUGACAGGGCCUUAGCUCCUGCUGCUGUUAUGGCUGCUGCCGCAGCAGCUCUACCCACUGCCCCCGUAGCUCCUGCACCGCCAACUCCAGCAUCUCUUAGCGCAGCCCUGGCUCCUGCAGCAUAUAGGGACAGAAGCCCCGUUGGGAGGAGAACAGCAGCAGCAGCGGCUGCAGUUAUGGCACAAUAUGCUGAUCCAUAUGGAGCAUCCCAAGCCUAUAGUCAGACCUACAGCCAAGCCUACGCCUCUGCUUUCUCUCAAUAUAGCAUGGGAGCAGCGGCAUACAGCCCCGCAGAGUACUACGAGAAAUACGCUAACGGGUAUGCAGGCCAGUACAGCCAAACCUAUUAAGCCUCACUGAUUUUUGACACAAGGAGCCCACAAUUUCCUUUUACACUUGGCUUGUUUGUUUUCUCUGCAUAGAGUCUGCAACAGUAUGGAAGUAAUUUUCAUUAGUAAACUGAAUGUACUAGACCUCAGUGAAUACAAAAGAAAGUAGCAAAGGGGAGGAUACAGUUGGUGCUGCCUUAAAAAUCUAUAGGCAUACCAUACUGUUUAAACUGAUUAUCUUGCUUGCGGGUCAUUGGAACACGGAGCAAAGAUAAUGUCCCCAUAAUGAAAAUAUAAGAUCGUAACAAUUAAAAAAAUUAAGGAAAUGGAAAACCAUUGUUUAUUUGGCUCUGAGAAUAGCCAUACUGAAUAUAUUAUCAGAGUUAUAAAACCAUGUAUGAGAUGUUUGUCUAGAAGUUUAUGAUGGUAACUACAACAAGACAAUAAUAUCUGAGAUGAAUCGUACAUUUGAUAUAAUUCAGUAAUAUACACUUUAGAUUAAUAUAGAUGUCAUAUUUAGUUGCUCAUUUAUGCUGGGUUAUUCACACCACACAGAAAAUUAAUUUUAGGAACUGCUCAGAGAAAAAACAGCAAAGCUGGAAAAAUAGCUGAGAUUUUUAUUUAUUUUUUGGUCUAAAUUCCCUGGUUAAUACAUCACAAAACUAUAAUUUUGCUAACAUGUAUACUGACACUGCUCACACGACUGAUUUGCGGGUAAAUACAAGCGGGAAUAUAAUUUAAACAGAAAAAAAUAAUAUAACAUUUUUAUGGUAGUGCCCCUUAAGUUUGCCCAUAAAAGAAAAGAGUUUAAAACUAGUGUAGGAAUAAUGACCAAAUGUAAUGUAUUAUUAUUAUUAUUAUUAUUAAUAUUUAUAUAGCGACAACUAAUUUUGCAGCGCUUUACAAUAUUAUGAAAGGGGACAAUUACACAGUGACACAGGAACAAAUAGGCAGAUGAGGGCCCUACUCAAACAAGCUUACAGUCUAGAUUGAAAUGGUCUUCUUAUUUAGUUAAGUUGCAAUACUUGCAUGCCAAUAAAAGCACCACUUUUGGCAAACAAGUCUGAACAUGGACAAAAAAAAAAACAAGCUUUUUUUAAAGGCCAUAAGAAUGUAAUAUAAUUAAAGCAGGUGUAAUAAUUUGGGUGGAUAACUUAUAGUUAGACAUAAUAUAUAGGAAAUAGUCAACACAAGCAUUAUAAAGACAAAAACAGAAUAGUAUUAUUUAUUUACUGGCAUUAUAUGAUUGUUCAGACAGAGAAAGGUAAAUUAUUUUUAUAGUUUAAAUAGGCUCUGUCAUGACAAAUAUGACAUAGUACUGUUUCGUAGUGCCCCUACUUUUAUGUAUACAUUGUGCCAGUUAACUAGAUAGCAAAUGUAUAGAUAAAGAGUUAUUUUAGGUAAAUCACUCACCUGCACAGUUUCUUUGCAUAGCUCAGGGGUAAGCAAGCUUUCAGCACUCCAGAUGUUGUGGACUACAUCUCCCUUGAUGCUUUGCCAGCAUUAUGGUUGUAAUAGCAUUAUGGGAGAUGUAGUCCACGAGUAUCGAUGGCUGCCUACCUCUGGCAGCUGUUGACUUUUUAGGAAAAAACUAGAAACAUGGCUGGUUUAUGGGAUGCAGAACAUGUCAUUAGGAUGAGGGAAGUGUGAUUUUCAGGUAAGUAAGUAUGUCUGAUGAUCUAUACAUUCUCUGGCUCUUUCACCAGCACAAUGUAUAGGAUACAUUUGUUUACAUGUCUGAGGCUAUUACCAGCCAUAUUUUUUGUGGAAGACACACUAGAAAAUAGCCUCUAUGUUGCAACAAAAAUGCAAUGCUAACUCCAUAAACAAACAGAAGCCUGCACGUCAAAAAAGGAUAUAACACAGAUUUAUGGCACCAAGUUUCUCUUUAUUUUGUCAUUUUUGAAAUAUGUACAUUAUAGGCUGUCUUUUUGAUGUGCAGACUUCGCACAAGAUAAUACAUUUUGACAAUUUGAGGAAUGUGCCUAGCUAGAUAAGGAUUUAUAAAUAAUUUACAGUCAUAGUAAGGUGUUGAUGAAUUAUAAACUGUAAAAGCUCAGCAAAGCAAAAAGGAUGUGGGGUAGAAAUGUAAGGUGUUUUUGUAGUAGAAAAAGAUCAUGCUGAUUUGUUGCAUAAUAUCCAGCAUUUACUUCUGUGUAUACCCUGCAUGCCUUUUUCAGAUUCAUUUUCUAUUAAGACAUACCCUGAUUUACCACGUCAAACCUACAAACUAACGAACCCUGUUUCCCAUGUGCCGAAAAAAGUCUGCUAUACUCCGUCUACGAAUCAUGUACAGUGUCUCCUAUCCCCUUCUCACCCCUUUUUCCCUUUCCCUUGGACAAUAAUUUAUCGCAAAUCGCAGGACUGGGGCGAUAAGAUGCAAUAAAGUUGUAAUUCUGGAAGACACCCGUAAAUGCAUUUGCAUUUUUCCAUGGCGUUACCUAGUUUGAAAAUGACGUUACAACCGGUCUCUGUUGAACUUUUUCUGCCAUUUUUUUCCCUUAACCAUUUUUUCCUCCCUUCUUUUGCCUGUGACUAUAGAAAACAAAGGCUGUUCACUCUUACUAAUCCAGAUUGAAUCUUUAUUUUUUUUUUAAAAAGAGAUACAUCUCCUCCUCAGAAAUGGGUAUAACUUAGAAAUAUUGGUGGCUCAGUGACCUUGAGAUGAUCUUUGGCAAAAAUGGAAGAGGGAAAGAACCUCCUUGUCUGGAGAAUUAAGAGGUUUGACCUGGAGGCCACUAAUCGGCUAACUAUCCUGAGAUCACUGAGAAAAAAAAUGGUAUUACAAAGUAAUUUGUCCUACAUUACUGCAUUGUUGUCAAAAGAUAGAUCUGACAUCUAUAAAAUCUGAGUUCUGUUCAGAUUUUCAGCAACUAAAGUGGACCUGUCAUCAAAAAUGUAACCUUAGCAACGGUCUCUUUCUCAAACGUAACAUGGAGCUUGUAAGAGGAUCCUACUUCCAAGUUCUAUAUUAAGAAUUGUAUACUUACACUCAUUGCCCAUUAUACUGCCAGACUGGCAAGCAGAGAGGACUUUGUAAAUGGUAAAUUUGAGUAUUAAAUUAAAGGGACAAUCCAAGAGGCAUUUAUAUCUCUGGCUGCAACAGAGAAAUAGCUGGAGAAUAUCAACCAGCAGUAUUUCUUCUAUACAAAUGUAUGGGAAUAGUAGUGUGCAUGUGUGCUUGAGACAUGGACCUCACACAUUCAUAUGCAAUGUACUAUAGAAAACACUUUCAGAGUUAAUUGUUAAUAUAACACUAUAGUCACCAAAACAACUUUAGCUGAAUGAUGCCAUUUUGGUGUACAGAUCAUGUCCUUGUAGCCUCACUGGACAAUUGUCUGCCAUUUAGGAGUAAAAUCACUUUGGUUAAACAGCCCUAGUCACACCUCCCUGCAUGUGGCUUGCAUAGCCUUCCUAAACACUUCCUCAGAAGUGUCAUAUAAUGUUUACACUUAUUACAAAUUCUUUUUCAUUUAGAAUUUUUCAUCUCCUACUCUGUUAAUAGCUUGCUAGACCCUAGAGACGCCUCCUGUAUGUAAUUAAAGUUCAAUUUACAGAGCAGGAGAUACAAACUUUUAAGGUAAGUUUCAUCUGAUUGAAAAUGAAACAAUUUUUUAUGCAGGCUUUGUCCGUCACAGCCAUGGGAGGUGUGGCUAGGGCUGCAUAAACAGAAACAAAAGUGAUUUCACUUUUAAAAGGCAGAGAAUUGAGGCAUGAUCUAUACACAAAAACUGCUUCAUUAACCGAAAGUUGUUUGGGUGACUAUUGUGUCCCUUUAUUCAUCACAUUUUAGCAAAUUAAAUCCACAUUUUAAAUUAUUGCCUAAAUUUGCUGCUCUGGAAACAUAUUCCAACUCAGCUAUAGUCGUAGGCUUGGCUGCAGCUUGGCUUAGUGUCAUGUAAACAGCACUUUCAUGGCUACUUACAUUGUCUUACAUGCAAGCGCUUACUCCUGGACUGUGUGUGCAUAUAUUGUGGUGUUUGCAAUUGUCUUCAGCAGCCUGUUUACUGUUAGGGGAUGGAAGUUUGAGGCGCUCAAUUGUGUAGAGUAUACCUGCAGAAUUUAGCUUGUACGCCAAAUAGGAUAAGCUGUAAUAUGCAUGAAUGCCAGGAGUGUCCCUUUAAGUAAAUGUGGCAUAGCUCAUUACUGACUAGAGCAUAAAUAACUGUCUAGGCUUCGCGUUAAUAAGUUUUAUUUUUUUUUAUUAUAUAAAUUCUUUAUUUAUAUCAGAGUUUUGUCUUUUAUUUUGG